AUGGAUUACAUACAUAAAAAGCUUAACAACUUGAGAAUACUUAUCCAUAAUAACAAUAAUAACAAUCACGACAAACACUCGACGGCUACCAAUAGUUCCGAUACAUCGAAACAGGACGAAGACGUACCGCUAAAUAGUUUGAGUCGUGAAACUGGAGACCCGUGCGGUGAAAGUGAGGACAUAUUGUCGUUACCCACCUGUUCUAAGAGCGAGGAGGAAGUUCAGAGUAAUGUCAGUUCCAAUGGCAGUACAGAAAAUAGUAUAGUUUCUCUAUUAGGAAAACAGCAUAUAGUGAAACGGUCGGAACAGUUCCGAUAUCAAGACGCCGUGAGAAGUGCCACGUACUCCAAGAGUGAGUUUGUUUUACACGCACUUCAAUGGCAUAACAUUGUUAGGUCACACCACGGAGUGACACCUUUGAUGCUGUCACUAGAGUUGUGCCAAAAGGCCCAGUUCUGGGCCAACCAUCUCUCACAUACCGAUACAUUCUAUCAUAUGAACGACCCGGAGAUCGGCCAGAAUUUGAUGUCCAAAUGGACUUAUUAUUCCGAAUUUGAUCCGUCAGCUGAAGAUGUUUGCAAAUAUUGGUAUAAUUACAUCGAUUCAUAUGAUUUUUCACUUGAGCCCCAUCUCCUACAUACUCAGUCCAAUCAUUUUACACAACUAAUAUGGAAAAGUUGUAAAUAUUUUGGCAUCGGUAAGGCCCGUACACGUAAUGGUAAACUAAUAAUAGUUGCCAAUUACAUACCGCCGGGAAACGUGUCCAACAAAUUUGCCGAAAAUGUAUUGCCGCCGAUGUUUGGCGAUCUCGAGUCUCGUCGCAAUACAUGUAUACUAAAGACUAACCAUAAGCUUAUAGUUAAGUCGGCAAAGAAACUCAAACGAAACCGACGUCUAAGUCCAUUGAUUACUCUGAGCAACGGAUCUAACGUUAAUUCAAGCCUAUAAUCCCAUUCCCCAUAACAUUAAUGGUUAUCCCCGUUGAUCAU